AUGAGCGUCAAGACCGUUUCUCUGCAGCCUUUCCAGGACCAGAAGCCCGGAACCUCCGGCCUUCGUAAGAAGGUCAAGGUCUUCCAGCAGCCCAACUACAGCGAGGCCUUCGUCACCUCCAUCCUCCUCUCGAUUCCCGAGGGCGUCGAGGGCAGCACUCUCGUCAUCGGCGGUGAUGGCAGAUACUGGAACCCCGAGGUCACCCAGCUGAUUGCCAAGAUCGGCGCGGCGUACGGCGUCAAGAAGCUCAUUGUCGGCCAGAAUGGCAUUCUGAGCACUCCGGCUGCGAGCAAUGUCAUCCGUGUCCGCAAGGCCACUGGUGGUAUCCUGCUCACCGCCAGCCACAACCCCGGCGGCCCCGAGGAGGACUUCGGUAUCAAGUACAACCUUGCCAACGGUGCUCCCGCCCCCGAGAGCGUCACCAACAAGAUCUACGCCACCUCCAAGGCCCUGACUUCGUACAAGAUCGCCGAGAUCCCCGACGUCGACCUGAGCACCAUUGGCACUCAGACCGUCGGUCCCCUUGAGGUCGAGAUCAUCCACUCGACUGAGGACUACAUGAAGAUGCUGAAGAGCAUCUUCGACUUCGACCUCAUCAAGGCCUUCCUCAAGGAGCACCCCGACUUCAAGGUGCUCUUCGAUGGUCUCAGCGGUGUCACCGGCCCCUACGGUGUUGAUAUCUUCGAGAAGGAGCUGGGCCUGGCCGGCAGCACGCAGAACUGCAUUCCCAAGCCCGACUUCGGUGGCCACCACCCCGACCCCAACCUGGUAUACGCCAAGUCGCUGGUCGACGUCGUCGAUGCCAAGGGCAUCCACUUCGGAGCUGCCAGCGAUGGCGAUGGUGACCGCAACAUGAUCUACGGCGCCAACGCCUUCGUCUCGCCCGGCGACAGCUUGGCCAUCAUUGCCCACCACUCGGACUUGAUCCCUUACUUCAAGAAGCAGGGCAUCUACGGUCUUGCCCGCUCCAUGCCCACGUCGGGCGCCGUCGACCUUGUUGCCAAGGCCAAGGGCGUGCAGUCGUACGAGGUUCCCACGGGCUGGAAGUUCUUCUGCGGCCUGUUCGACGCCGACAAGAUGAACAUCUGCGGUGAGGAGUCGUUCGGCACUGGCAGCAACCACAUCCGUGAGAAGGACGGUCUGUGGGCGGUGGUUGCCUGGCUCAACAUCCUCGCCGGUGUUGGCCAGAAGACGGGCACCACGCCCAGCAUCAAGUCGAUCCAGCAGGACUUCUGGAAGACGUACGGCCGCACCUUCUUCACGCGCUACGACUACGAGGGCUGUGAGACGGAGGGCGCCAACAAAAUGGUCGCUCACGUCACGGAGCUGAUCACGACCAAGAAGGACGAGUUCGUUGGGUCGUCGAUCAAGGGCCGCAAGGUGGUUGAUGCUGGCGACUUCUCGUACACGGACCUGGACGGCAGCGUCAGCAAGAACCAGGGCAUCUACGUCAAGUUCGACGACGGCAGCCGCAUCGUGGUGCGUCUGUCGGGCACGGGCAGCAGCGGCGCGACGAUCCGUCUGUACGUCGAGAAGCACGAGUCGGACCCCGCCAAGUAUGACGUCGAGACGCAGGAGUACCUGAAGGACAACGUCGACCUGGCGACGGGCCUGCUCAAGAUUCAGGAGUACACGGGCCGCACCGAGCCCACGGUCAAGACCUAA